AUGCCAUCUCGACCUCCCCCAUUUCUUCUCCCCAGCUCGACUUCCUGUCGAGUUCUCGACCGCUUCAGCGACUUACCCGAGAACACACAAGUAGAAGAGGACGACGAGGGUAAAAUUCCAUUCUGGCCACUUCUCGAUCAUCUCAUAAGUACUCCAGUGUCGAGUAUCACGCAACUCAUAGACCGGCUACAGACAAUUGCCGCAAACGCAGAGACUUGUCAAGAUGGAGACUAUGCCUUUCUGAAAAAAUUCCUACAGGACCGAGAUGAAUUCAAUAUCCUUAACUUUACAUGGCCCAAGAUCCGAGACAUUGCACUCGAUCUUCCGCUUUAUUUCCCCAGUGGACAACUUGAGCUUCUUCGAGCAGACUCUCCGCUCUGUUUGAGUCGUGGCCAGGUCGCUUGUCUUGUGGCCCAUCAGUUUCUUUGUUCUUCAGUACCUCAAAGGAAUGAUGAUGGUUACCAGGAUCUAGGCAUCUGGUACUCAUCAGAGCAGAGGCAUCCCAUUGCAGUGCGGAUGUACUUAGAAGCUCUGUUUACAUACUUUGAGGGUCUACCCACAGCAAAGGAUCUACUAGAUGAUCACCAAGCUGGAUCAGAUAAUCUUGUCUCGUACGAGAUUCACCAAAGCAGUCAAGUGUCUUUAACAAAUGCUAGACUGGGACCCGUACAAAUCAAAUACACAGAUAUCCACACGUCAGAUACUCAUCACCCUCAUGUCCAAGGAAAAGGAGGUGCUGUCGUGGUCUCAUCUAACAAGGUCAUUGGAUUCGGCCAGUCAGCUACUCAGGAGGAAAUAUUCGUUGGCAUCGCCCCUGAGGCAUACCCUGUUGUUCUAGUAGCACCUCAUCUGGCGGACGAUGCAGUCAUCACCGUUUCAGGUGCGAGAGCAAUGGUGGAUGUCAAAGGUCAACGACGCAAUAUCGAGUGGGAGGUUCAUCCCACAUCAUCUCCGGAUAAUGACCAGAAAUCUUGGCAAGGAGGACGUCUGGUCUUUAUGGAUGCACUAGAGAUGGACAUGGUAGAACGCUCAUCGAGUGACGACCUACCUGAUUUAUACCCCGAGAACAUUGACCGUGAAAUCAACAAGGCAACAAAUGGGUUCACUUCCUACGAAGGUGAUUCUGUAUUCACUGGUCUUUGGGGUUGUGGUGCUUUUGGUGGUGACCCAGGGGUGAAGCUGAUGGUUCUAUGGCUUGCAGCAGGGGCGUCAAAUAUCAAGCUCAAUGUAGUGCUUGGGCCUGGAGAACAUCAUCUUGGAAAGGGGUUCGAGGAGGUAGUCAAGGAGUUAACUUGUGUUUCAUAUGUCAGAAGACGUGCUACCUCGGGAUGA